AUGGCCUCGGAAAUUGACGAAACGACGCUGGAAACCAUAUCGCUACUCGAAGCUCGCUUGUUGAGAAUAGAGCACCAUCUAUACGGGCACACUACGCCUCAGAACAAGAACACAGCAGCCCGCAGCCUCCGCGAACUCGAGCACCGCUUCCGCAAGAUCACGCAGGACGUCCAUGUCUACAAUGAGCUUCUCAAGAUCUAUAAAUCAUACCCCGAUCUCUUCCACUCACCGAACCCGUCGGAGCCACCCUCACUGCUCUCACCCGAUGCCAUUCGCGCAAUCGUCCUUGCCUCCGCCGCUUCAUACCCCGCGACCGCAUCCUCACUGACCGCCAUCAACGACACACCAAUUCCCGACCCAGCUUUGAGCGCUGCCCUUGUUGCGUUGAUCCCACGGAUGAAGGCUGUUGAGGCGACACAGCUUGCUCAGAACGCCGAGAUCGCGGCUUUGCGUGCCCAGAGCGAGCUCGUACUCAGACAGUGGUACGAGCGCGGUGUCAUGGGCUACUCCAAUUUUCUUGCUGGUGUGGAGGACCGCAUGGAGGUCGUGGAGCGCGACAUUCGGAGAAUCGAAAGAGCUCAGGAGGAGGUUUGA